ACUCAAUUUUACGACAGGACCUUUAUACCAUUACGUGCCUCAUCAAUAGCUAAAUUAUUGGGUACAAAGGCUUUAUCAGAAGAACGGCGCAGCACAGCAAUCACCGAAACAAGGAUUCACCGUCACGAGAUAGUCACAAGGGCCCACAUAUAAAUCGUUGUGACGAUCUUUUAUCCCACAGCCGAUAAACCAGCGCAUGUGACCGUGUGGGGACGUCAGACCUUCGGACAGGGUAAAAAUGGAGCGUCUGGAUAAAUAAACAGACACUGCCAGUUUGUAUGUAGCUAUGGCCAUGGCGAAAUAGCAAAUGUCAACUAUCACCAGCUAUUUUCCAAACGUGCCAAUGAAAAGAGCUUUGAACACAUCUGCUGAGGGGAAGAUUGGUGUUUCUAAUGAUAGAGAAAUGGCGGAAAAUUCAUCAAGUCAGGAAAGCUGUUACUCAGUACAAUGGAGCACUCCUGUGAAUGAUGCUGAAAUCUAGGUUGUAAAAAUUGCAAGCCCAUAUGAGGGAGUGCACCACAUAAAGGGUUGACAGGAAUUUUCAAGAUGAAAUCGCAUUGGUGAUUUAAAUUUACUGGACUGUGAGCAUUGCUACAUCAGAGUAUACAGCCAUGGAAGAGCCAACAAAUUUGGAACUGUUACAAAGGUUUCGUCGAGACCGGCAUGAGCUGUUAUGUUUUUUGCUAUCAGCUAGCCUGGUAAAGAAAGUUGUGAUGCCACCUGGUGCUGUGUCUCUGGAUGAUGUAGACUUGGACCAAGUGAGCGUUGAUUAUGUUUUGGAAUGUACAAAGAAAGGUGGUGUGUUAGAGCUUUCAGAGGCAAUCAAGGCUUAUUAUGAUGAGCUCAAUGUUCCCCCUGGGGUUGGUUCUGGGUCAGGAAAGGCAUAUUUUUUGGUGACUACUCCAGAAUCAUCUGGACCACCCCCUCCACGGGUACCACCUCAAAUUUCUAACAAUGAAUCAUUAGCUUCUUCUGCAAGCCUCUCAAAAACAUAUUCUCUUCGUUCCGCACCUUCACAACAAUUAUCUGUUGACGAUGAGAUUGAUGAUUUUGAGGAUGAGGAGGAGGAUGAUGGAUCAAUGGAGUACACUUCAAGGCGCCGUUUGAAUGAUGCCAGUGAUCUUCUGCUAGCAUUGCCUUCAUUUAAAACAGGUUUAUUGGAUGAUGAUCUUCGGGAAACUGCUUAUGAAGUUUUAUUAGCUGCUGCUGGUGCCUCAGGUGGUCUUAUACUACCAACCAAGGAAAAGAAGAAGGAGAAGAAAUCUAAAUUAAUGAGGAAGCUUACUCGUAGCAAGGGUGAGAAAACUCAGCCUCAACCUCAACAAGCGCUAGGAUUGUCUGGGUUACUUGAUAUAAUGCGUAUACAGAUGGAGAUUUCUGAAGCAGUGGAUGUGCGAACAAGAGAGGGUUUGAUUCAUGCUGCUGCAGGUAGAGUGGGCAAGCGAAUGGAUUCUCUCUUAAUUCCUUUAGAACUUUUGUGCACCACCUCCCAGACAGAUUUUUCUGACAAAAAGUCAUAUUUACGGUGGCAAAAGCGGCAGCUAAAUAUGCUGGAAGAGGGGCUUCUGAACCACCCUGCCGUCAGGAUUGAUGCAUCUGAAAGGAUGGUGACUGAAUUGAGAGCUCUACUAAUGAAAAUUGAAGAAGCUGAGGGUCUUCCUUCUCCAGCAAGUGUAACUCAGCGUACAGAAUCUUUGAAAGCUAUGAGAGAAGUUGCUCUUGCACUUGCAGAAAGGCCUGCACGGGGUGACAUAACAGGCGAAGUUUGUCAUUGGGCAGAUGGUUAUCAUUUGAAUGUCCGGCUUUAUGAAAAGCUUCUUCAUAGUAUUUUUGACACAUUGGAUGAGGGCAAGCUUGUUGAGGAACUAGAAGAAAUUCUUGAGCUUCUGAAAUCAUCGUGGCGAAUCCUGGGCAUCACUCAAACCAUUCAUGACACGUGUUAUACUUGGGUACUUUUUCGACAGUUUGUUUUGACAGGUGAAUCGGACCUUCUACAGCAUGCAACACAGCAUAUGAAGAGAAUAGCAUUUGAUGGACAGCGUAGCACUCAGGAAAGACUGUAUAUGAGAAAUUUACGAUGCUCACUAGACAAUAUUGAUGGGUAUAAAGAACUGACUUUUGUGCAGUCUGUUCUCAUCCCAAUCAAACAAUGGACUGAUAAGCGGCUUGUAGACUAUCAUAAAAACUUUCCUGAGGGAUCAAGCAUUAUGGAAGGGAUAGUUACGGCAGCUAUGGUUGCAGGGAGACUUAUAGCUGGAGAGUCUGAUCAGACAGGGGUGAUGAGGAUGACAUCUACUGCAGAAAUGGCUGCUGUUUCCAAACAAACAGAAGAUUACAUCUUGUCUUCCAUCAAAGCUGCAUAUGAAAGAGUACUAGAGUCUGUUGAUUCUAAAUCAGAAGCAGCUCAUGAACAUCCUCUAGCUGUUCUUGCUGAAGAUGUGAAAGCACUUGCCAAAAGAGAGUCUACAAUAUAUGCUCCUAUUUUAUCUCGCUGGAAUCCUCUGUCUACUGCUGUUUCUGUGUCGCUACUUCAUAAUCUUUAUGGAAAAGAGUUGAAACCAUUUCUUGAUGGGGUUUCACAUCUUACGGAGGAUGUUGCAUCUGUACUUCCAGCAGCUGAUACCCUGGAACAGUGUUUAGUAGAACUACUUUCAUCUGUAUGCAAAGAUGGAGAUGCAGAUAGUCAUUACAAGCAACAAAUGCCCCCCUAUCAGAUUGAGAACAUAUCUGGUACUUUGAUUAUGCGGUGGAUAAAUACACAGCUUGGCAGAAUUUCAGAAUGGGUUGAACGAGCAAUUCAGCAAGAGAAAUGGGAAUCGUCAUCUCAACAUCGGAAUGGUAAUUCUAUUGUCGAAGUUUACAGAAUUAUGGAAGAGGUAGUGGAACAAUUUUUCAGUUUAAAAUUGCCUAUGAGGAUUCCACAGCUGAAUGGACUUCUUAGUGGUCUUGACAAUGCAUUACAAGCCUACACUCAGAAGGUUGUUGGUCAAAUAGGAGCGAAAGGAGAUCUUAUACCACCUACUCCAAUUCUAACACGAUACAAAAAGGAAACUGGGAUCAAGGCUUUUACAAAGAAAAAACUGCUAGAUCCCAGGUUGCCUGAUGAUAGACGUUCUAGCCAAAUCAAUGUCCUGUCAACAGCUAAGCUUUGUGUGCGCCUUAAUUCUCUACAUUAUGCUGUAGCUCAGUUGAACAGACUUGAAGAUAGCAUUCGAGAACGUUGGGAACAGAGGAGACUGCACAACAAUGUUAGCUCAGGACGGAGCUCAGACGAUAGUGAUCUCAAACAGAGGCGUGUUAUAGCUAAUAGACCGGCAGAUGUUUUUUCAACAGCCUUUGAUGGAACGAGAAAGGCUGUUAAUGCAGCCAUUGAUAAAAUAUGCGAGUUCACAGGAAUAAAAAUAAUUUUUUGGGAUAUGAAGGGAUCUUUUAUAGAUGGUUUGUACAAAGACAGUGUCUCACAAGCACGAAUGGAAACUGUGGUUCACAGCCUUGAUUCGGUACUGGUACAAUUAUGUGAUGUUAUUGUGGACCCUUUGAGAGAUCGUGUUGUUAUAGGGCUCCUUCAGGCAUCACUGGAUGGGUUGGCUCGGGUGUUAUUGGAUGGAGGACCAUCACGAGUCUUCUCCCAAGCUGAUGCUAAACUAGUGGAAGAAGAUUUGCAAAUUUUGAAGGAAUUCUUCAUGGCAGGUGGAGAUGGGAUUCCCCGUGGAGUUGUAGAAAAUGCAGCAGCUCUUGUGCAACAAAUCUUGAAGCUGUACAGCCUUGAGACACAUGCAGUGAUUGAGAACAUGAGGCAUGCAAGUGAACAAAUGGCCACAGGAUCUAAUGCUCACAGAAAUGGAAACAAAACAGCUAAUGAUGCAGAUACUAUUCUCCGCGUAUUAUGUCACAGGUCUGACAGCGAGGCUUCAAACUUUCUUAAAAAGCAAUAUAAGCUCCCUAAAUCUGCUGGUUAGCAGUUGGAAUAAAGCUACAUGAUGUGAUCUAUGUAGCAGCAGCUUCCAGCUUACAUAUGAUCAUCUCAUUGAUUGUUAUUGCAAUCUCUGUUAUGUAUUGUUAGAUGAACCAAUUUUUGGCAGCUAGUAUCUUAGGCGCCUAUGCAGAUUUUAAAACCUAUUGUCUAGCCUUCAGCUUGUCAUUGUCUUAGCUUGUAUUAUAUUAGAUACUAAUUAAUUUAUGCUGCAAUUUUUGUUUGCAUUUAAACAAAAUGUAAAUGCACCAGAGUAUAUAAAUUAAGUACUCAAUAAUUCUCCCA